AUGUCUGAUAAUGUGCAUCCCGAUGGAAGCUUCGACCUCAAAUACUGCAUAGAGGGAGCUGGCCACAGCAUGUCGAAGUUUUCGUUGAAAAAGAUCAUGGAUCACAAUGCCUGGAUAGGUAUUUUCGAAAAAGCUGCCAUGGGAAAUAAGACUCCAGUACUGAUCAAGACCUGCUUCGUUUUGAAAGGUGUGUCCCUGGACACCGCUGCUGCAUUCGCUGAAGGCUUCGUGGAAGCCGUCAAGCGUGCCGGCAGAAGAUUUGGGGCUCUGAAAGAGCAGCGCCGUCAGCUCAGCAUCUACACCACUCCAGAAGACUCCAUUGACUCGCUCUUCAUCUCGGAUGCAACGUCACGCCCAGCCUCUCGACGUUUGCAGACCGGUCCCACAGUUGAGCUGCGUGGGUGUGAUAACGAACUCUCAAAUGGCCUUUCCACUACUUCCAGACUGACAUCUGGCACCUUUAUCAAAGCUACUAAGUCUCUAGCAAGUGGGAUUGAGACUCCAGUUACAUCAAAAACCCCCACCAAAAAAGCUACUUUGAACUUCAAUACUGUAGCACAUAGGAAAAGGACUCCCCCAACUGAGCCUCGAUCAAUGCGCGAACCAAAUCAAAUUAAAUCUUCUCCUCGCCGCUUUGGGAGCUCCCGACCGUCGCAACCGUCCUCAAUUGUACAGCCACGGAGAAAAGACCAUCCGUUCACAUCUCAAUUAGACUGGCAGGAUCCGUAUCAUACGACUGCACCGAUACCUACAUCGAAACCUUCACCUGCGCCUGUGGAACCCAUGGGUCAAGACCUGAAGCGAUACUCACUCCUCACCCCUACACUGAAUUCAAGAGACGAUUUACCCAGGGACAAGUCGAGAGAUGAACAUGAUGAAAUCCAACAUUCGUCCGCGGAGAGAAUCACCCCGUAUAGAUCUCUACAAAUGCAAGUUGACGAAACCGAGAGAAAGAUUGAGCAACUUCGUGAACAGAUGAAAAGGAAGCAAGAUCGGUUCGAUGAGUGCCGCAAGAGUCAGGUAAGGAAGAUUGAUACCGACAUGCAGGAGAGGCACAAAGCGGAGAAAGACAAUAUGAUGCAGCGACAGAGAGAUGAGUACCACAAAGCGAAGGAGAGUUUGAGGGCAGAGAAAAGCAAGCACGAGUUGGAAAUGAAGACCAUGAUAGUAGAGAAGGAGGUCAUGACCGAGCAGAUGACUAGGAGGAAGGCCGAGCGCGAUCGUGUGGCACGUAGAUUGUCGCGCAAGGAACUCAUAAAAGAAUUGGGAGAUACUGGCCGCACACCGAAGCGUAGGAGGACAAAUGGCCCGCCAGGUCCGUGGAGUUGA